AUGCGCUUCUCGCAGCACCUGGAGGUCCAUCAUAGCGAGGGCAAAUCCCCGUUCGUGCCGGAUGAGGCGCAUAAUGCAGCUAGACCGGAGGUAGAAGCUACCGUUGCUAAGGAGGAGCUUACCGAGUAUUUCCAAUGCCCGGUCAAGAGCUGCGGCGAGAUCUUGCAUAUGGAUAGGUUGGACGACCAUCUCGAAUUGCAUAACGCUGAACAAGUCGGGAAUGCGGCUGAAGGAUCGAAUACUAGAGAGCUAGGGAGCGCGUCGCCGGAGAGCGGCUCUCAAUCUUCUGCGCGAACUCCGGGACGUAGCCGAGCUAAGCCCGAUGUACCGGUCGGCCCUAUCCCGAGCGCUCUACCGCUCAACACGGCCGGAGACUACCACAUAAAAUCAUCUAAGCCCGUCAGGAGACUUGGAAAAAAAGAACUCGGCGCGUACUACAACGAAGAGAGAAUGCCGCGCUGGCUCGAGGAUUUACUGAGGAAGCGUGGGUACAAGAGCUCACAAGGCGUAAUACCCGUCCUGGCAAAACUCCUACAUCAGAAUAAGUACACGCAAUACGCGUAUCUCUGUCACCCAGAAACACAGCACAUCUCCAAACUUAGAAGUGAAGGCAGCUUCUGCGGCUACAGAAAUAUCCAGAUGCUGAUAUCGUAUAUCAUCGGGACCGGGACGACGGGUGCUGCGGCUUUCGAGAACACUAUCCCUAAUAUCUUCCAGAUCCAGGAUCUCAUCGAGAACGCUUGGGACCAGGGUAUCCACGAGGACGGCCGGACGGAACUCGGUGUGCUCAGGGGCACGCGCAAGUAUAUCGGAACACCAGAGGCCCAGACGCUGUUCGCAAGUUUAGGUAUACAAUGGGACAUGCAAACGUUUAAGAACCGUCCGGGAGAACCGCCUUCUGCUUCGGAGAACAGGAUGUAUGACGCCGUGGAAGAGUAUUUCGCAACAGCACCAAGCGUCAAUAUGCAGAGUAAGGUCCGCAAGACAAUGCGGCCACCAAUUUAUUUACAGCAUCAGGGCCACUCCAUGACCAUCAUCGGCUUAGAGUGCCAGCCCAGCGGCAACCGGAACCUAAUCGUUUUCGACCCGUCUUAUGGGGACCCGUCCAAUAUCACGCGACACCUCGACGGCACGAGGCCCGUCGAGCAUAACCACCACCCGGAUCGCGCGCUCAAGCUCUACCGUCGCGGCCCGAGGUACCUGAGCAAAUAUCAGGCUUUUGAGCUCAUGAGGUACGUACAUGCUCGUAUCUAG